GAAAGGAAAUACCCCUUGGAUUUCUGCAGAAGCCGAAGAGUGGGAGACAAUGAGGAGGAAGGGGAUCGGGAGGCUUCUCCGCUGACCCUCCGGCUUGUGGGUUUUCUUUUUUUCCUGCCGGAUUUUGGAUCCAGAAGCUGAAUAUUUGGGGAGCAGCAGGAGCGAGGCCCCUUGCGCCCCUUCCCCACCCCUUUGGUGGCAGCCCCGCCGGUGGAGGUGUUCCAGCCCAGGAUACCAAUUGGCAAGGAAGGAAAAGGGAAGGAAGCAAGGAAGGAAAGCAUGAAUUCGGUGGCUGGCAACAAGGAGAGGAUGGCCGUCGCCUCCCGCAGCAGGAAAUACGGGGUGGCGGACCCUUGCUCCCCUCCCGCGAAGCCCUCCUCGGCGCCGCCUUUCUCCCCGGAGACCUGGUUCCGCAAGGCCUACGAAGAGUCCCGCGUCUCCUCCGCUGGAGGAGGAAGCGGAGGGGGAGGCGCCCGCCCUGCGCCCGAAGGCUCCGGCUCGGGCUCCGGCUCGGCGCUGGGCUCCUCCUCGUCGGGCAGCCCAUCUCCGGGUUCGGGCACUUCCUCGCCGGGCUCCUUCGCCGGCUCUCCGGGCCCGGCUUCCCCGGGCAUCGGCACCUCCUCGCCGGGCUCCUUGGGGGGCUCGCCGGGCUUCGGGACGGGCUCGCCGGGCUCCGGCAGCGGCGGCGGCUCCUCUCCGGGCUCCGACCGGGGCGCCUCCUGGUGCGAGAACUGCAGCGCCCGCUUGGCGGAGCUCAAGAGGCAGGCGCUCGCCCUCCUCGUCCCCGCAGCAGCAGCAGCAGCAGGAGGAGGCAGCAAGGACCCAGCAUUUUCUUCAGCCAUCCAUGAUAAACUGCAGGUGCCCAACACAACCCGAAAAGCAUGGAAUGAAAGAGAUAACCGGUGUGAUGUUUGUGCCACUCACUUGAACCAACUAAAGCAGGAGGCCAUUCAGAUGGUAUUGACGCUUGAACAGACUACCAACACUGAACACUGUGAUGCUUCUCCUGGCUCCCCUCCUCCCCUCCCUAAUAUUCCCGCCUUAGUGGGCUCUCGACACAUGGGCAGCCUGCAGCCCAGGGACUGGGCAUAUAUGUCUGCCCCUUAUGCUACUUCCAAUUACACUGGCUUUCUGCCUAACAAACUCAGCGGGAAAUCGAACAACAUAGGGAUCGUUAAUGGAGUAGAGAAGAAAAAUGGCUCCUUGGGACACCAGGCAAAGGUCAGUGUGCAAAUGGCCACCAGCCCCAGCAAUGGUAACAUCCUGAAUUCAGUGGCUAUCCAGGCUCACCAAUACCUAGACGGCACCUGGUCCUUGUCAAGAACUAAUGGCAUUACUCUGUACCCCUAUCAAAUUUCACAAUUGAUAACUGAGACAGGUCGAGAGGGACUGACUGAAGCUGUGCUGAACCGCUACAAUGCAGAUAAGCCUUCUUUGCACAGCGUCCCUGUCUCCCAAAGCACCUGUGUUGCCAGCGAAACAUCAACAGGCACCUCAGUGGCAGCUUCCUUUUUUGCCAGAGCUGCUCAGAAGUUGAACCUAACAUCUAAAAAGAAGAAGCACAGGCCUUCUACAUCCUCUGUUUCUGAAUCCCAUCUUUUUGCUACAAAGUUUAGUACUGUCUUGCAGACCUCUCCUCCACCAGCCCCACCAUGUUUGCUAAGAGCAGUCAACAAAGUGAAGGACACUCCUGGAUUGGGCAAGGUGAAGGUCAUGGUGCGCAUUUGUUCUACCUUGGCCAGAGACUCCUCUGAAUCCAGCUCUUUCCUGAAAGUUGAUCCUCGUAAGAAGCAGAUUACUAUAUAUGACCCAUUGUCCUGUGGAGGCCAGAAUGCUUUCCAAAAGAGAAGCAGCCAAGUACCACCCAAGAUGUUUGCAUUUGAUGCUGUUUUCCCUCAAGAUGCCUCUCAGGCUGAGGUAUGUGCAGGAACAGUAGCCGAAGUGAUCCAGUCUGUGGUGAAUGGUGCAGAUGGAUGUGUGUUUUGCUUUGGGCAUGCCAAAUUAGGAAAGUCCUACACUAUGAUUGGAAAAGAUGAUUCCAUGCAGACUCUUGGCAUAAUCCCUUGUGCCAUCUCCUGGCUUUUCAAGCUGAUUAAUGAACGGAAAGAGAAGACCGGAGCCCGUUUCUCAGUCCGAAUUUCAGCAGUUGAAGUGUGGGGUAGAGAAGAAAAUCUGAGAGACUUGCUCUCAGAAGUGGCAACAGGCAGCCUACAAGAUGGCCAGUCUCCAGGUGUCUACCUCUGUGAGGAUCCAAUUUGUGGCAUGCAGCUUCAGAAUCAAAGUGAACUGAGAGCCCCAACGGCAGAGAAAGCUGCCUUCUUCCUUGAUGCAGCAAUUGCCUCCCGUCGAAGCAGUCAGCAAGAUUGCCGGGAGGAAGAUCACAAGAAUUCUCACAUGCUCUUCACUCUGCACAUCUAUCAAUACCGAAUGGAGAAGAGUGGCAAAGGGGGAAUGUCGGGAGGUCGUAGCCGCUUACACCUCAUUGACCUUGGAAGCUGUGUUAAACCUCUCAGCAAAAAUCGAGAAGGAGGUUCUGGACUCUGUCUUUCAUUGUCUGCAUUGGGCAAUGUCAUCCUCGCUCUAGUCAAUGGUAGCAAGCACAUUCCAUACAAAGACAGCAAGCUGACCAUGUUGCUCCGGGAGUCCCUUGGGAACAUGAAUUGCCGAACCACCAUGAUAGCUCACAUUUCGGCAGCUGCAGGCAACUAUGCUGAGACACUUUCCACCAUCCAGAUUGCAUCCAGGGUCUUAAGGAUGAAGAAGAAGAAAACCAAGUACACAUCAAGUUCUUCUGGAGGAGAAAGUUCUUGUGAAGAAGGGAGAAUGCGGAGGCCUACCCAGCUGAGACCUUUUCAUUCUCGAAAUGCUGUUGAUCCAGACUUCCCUAUUCUUCAUCUAUCCAGUGACCCAGAUUAUUCUUCUAGCAGUGAACAGUCAUGUGACACUGUCAUUUAUGUUGGCCCAAAUGGUACCGCCCUCUCAGACAAGGAGCUGACAGAUAACGAAGGCCCCCCUGAUUUUGUUCCCAUUGUUCCUGCCCUUCAGAAGACUAGAAAUGAAGGCAAGCUGGAUGAAGUGACUGAGACAGCUCCCAGCGCCUCUGAGAGAGACUGCUUGAAGUGCAAUACAUUUGCCGAACUCCAGGAGAGAUUAGACUGCAUUGAUGGCAGCGAGGAGACAGACCAUUUUCCUUUUGAGGAGCUGCCUGUUCAGUUUAGCUCAGACCAAGCAACCAAAUGCCCUUUAUCAAGCCAGGUGCCAGAGCUCAACAAUACAUUAGACCCAGACAGGGAAGAAGGCUUCCAAGAGCCUGAUAAAGAACUCAAGGAAAACCUAAACACAGUCCCCAACAAUGUUCAGGGAGGCCACUCUCCUGUUCACAGUGAGACGCCCAAUGAAAUUUCUACUCCUCCCUCCCCCAGGAGUGUUACAGGCAGUCCUAGUAGCCAGAUGAAUUCUUCCCAGCAAUCUAAUUGCACAGACCUACAAAGCAGUCAUGAAAGUCUUAACUCCUGCGGCUUUGUAGAAACAAAGCCCCGAUCCAUGGGUUCCCCACGGCUUGGCAUUGCAAGCCUUUCCAAGACAUCUGAAUAUAAGCCCCCUACUUCUCCUUCUCAGAGGUGCAAAGUUUACACCCAGAAGGGGGUAUUGCCCAACCCUGCACCUCCACCAUCAUCACUUAGCAAAGAUUCAGGCAUGGUGUCCAGUGAGUCGCUGAUACAGCCUGAUAUCCGCACGCCUCCCAUAGGAAUGAGCCCUCAGCUCACAAAAAAGUCACUGUCUUCUAUCAGUGGGGACUAUGGAGAGACAAUGGACAGUGUAGAGCAGCAGCAACAAUCUGUUUCACCAGAGACAAAGAAGGAGAUUUUAAGCACCACCAUGGUCACAGUACAGCAGCCAUUAGAGCUGAAUGGAGAAGAUGAGCUAGUAUUUACCCUGGUGGAAGAACUGACCAUUAGUGGUGUUCUUGAGAAUGGACGCCCAACAAGUAUCAUCAGCUUUAACAGUGAUUGUUCUGUGCAGGCGCUGGCCUCUGGGUCUCGACCAGUUAGCAUUAUCAGCAGUAUUAGUGAAGACCUUGAAUGCUAUGCCAGCACAGCUCCUGUGUCAGAGGUCAGCAUCACCCAGUUUCUCCCUCUUCCCAAAAUGGGUCCAGGUGACAAAGCUGAAGAGGCUGAAAGUAGACGUUCAUCUAUCAGCUCCUGGCUGAGUGAAAUGAGCACUGGAAGUGAUGGUGAACAAUCAUGCCAUAGCUUCAUAGCACAAGCAUGCUAUGGUCAUGGGGAAGCAAUGGCAGACACUUCUGUUCCUGAGCUUUUGAAGGCUGAACAAAAUAAUAGUGCAAGUUGUACGGAUGAUAAGCAAAAGCCAGAGGCUGAGGAUAUAUUUCUAGUACCAGAAGUGGUUGACAAAAGUAUGAAUAAAAUGUCACCCAUCAAAGGUUGCAAAAUAUCAGCCCUGGGAAAGACGACAGUCACAAUAUCAAAUACUGCAAGCCUAAGCAGCUGUGAAGGCUUCAUUCCAAUGAAGACCAACAUUACUGUGUAUCCAUGUAUCACUGUUAAUCCCUUUAAGGCACAAGAGACUCAUGAAGCUGUCUCAGCAGUAUCAUCAACAGCAAAAACACAAUCUCUUCAAGAUGUGAAAGAAUACAAUACAAGGAAAGAGAUAAAAUUUGAUGACCCUUGGCUGAAGCGGGAAGACAGUGUGAAAAAAGAAAAUGGUGAAACCAAGUCUGAAGCUGUACCUGAAAAAAACAUGAAGCAAAGCUUAGCAGACAGGUUUAGUAGCAGUAGCGGUGAGACUUCUAGCUCUCCAGGAACAGAAAACCUGAAAAGGAUUGUAGAUGGAUGUGAAAUGGGACUGCCCAGUUCCACUACCCAUAGCCCCAUUCAUUCUACUGACAACAUUAAAAAUGGCAGCCUCACCAGAGGGUUCCAAAAGGCCAGCAAGCAGGAGGAAUUGGAUGCAGUCUCUUAUCAUUACGUUGAAGAGUACAAUGCAAUUAACUCUUCUGUUUCAGGUCAGACUUCGAAAACUAGCCUGGAAAGAAGAAUCGCUUCCCCCAAGCAUUGUAUUCUCACACGUCCAAAAGGAACCCCACCAUUGCCUCCUGUAAGGAAAUCUAGCCUUGAUCAGAAGAAUCGGGCCAGCCCUCAGCACAGCGCUUGCAGCAGCGGCACCAGCAGCCCUUCAAACCAACCAUCAUCGUAUUUGGCUAGUUUUUCUGAUGAAUUCAGUGGGAAGCAGAAGAGCUCUUGUAUAGAGAAUGGCAACAAUAGUAGCAGCAAGUUAUUUAGUGCCAAACUGGAACAGCUGGCAAGCAGAACCAAUUCACUGGGAAGGCCCAAUGGAAGCCAUUAUGAGUGCCUGUCAUUGGAAAGGGCAGAGAGUCUGUCCUCUGUCAGGAUGAAUUCCGGGAAAGACACCACAAUGCCAAGAGCUGGGAGGAGCCUAAACCGCAGUCUGAUGUCCUCACCAACAAAUUCAGGCAUUUCUCAGUCUGCAGGUGCCUCACCAAAGGCCAGUCAGUCUAAGAUCUCUGCAGUGAGCAAACUCCUUUUGGCAAGUCCAAAGGCUCGAAGUCUGGCGGCUUCAACCACCAAAACACUUAGCUUUUCAACCAAGUCUCUUCCUCAGUCGGUGGGACAGAGCUCAAAUUUGCCUCCAAAUGGAAAGAAUAUGUCAUGGUCUACUCAGUCUCUCAGCAGGAGCAGGAAUUCUGGCCUUUCUUCAAAGAUGCCCCUUAGAGCUGUUAAUGGAAGGAUUUCGGAACUGCUGCAGGGAAACCCAGGCACCCGAGGACUUCAGCUGCGCAGGAACUCAGACACUGAUGAGCGUGGUGCUAUUCAUGGAGAAGAAAAGCCGCUUGUCCAACUGCUGCCUUCACCUUACAGCAAGAUAACUCCACCAAGAAAGCCUCACCGAUGUAGCAGUGGCCAUGGAAGUGACAAUAGCAGUGUUCUGAGUGGGGAGCUGCCCCCUGCCAUGGGGAAAACAGCCUUGUUCUACCACAGUGGAGGAAGCAGUGGAUAUGAGAGCAUGAUGAGAGACAGCGAAGCAACGGGAAGUGCUUCCUCAGCACAAGACUCCAUGAGUGAGAAUAGCAGCUCUGUCAGUGGGAGGUGCAGAAGUCUCAAAAAUCCAAAGAAGCGUUCAAAUACAGGUUCUCAGAGAAGGCGACUUAUUCCAGCUUUAUCACUUGAUGCAACAUCACCAGUAAGGAAACCUACAAGCCCAGCUGUGCGUUGGGUGGAUGGACCUCUGCGAAGUGCCCAAAGAGGAAUGGGGGAGCCCUUUGAAAUCAAGGUCUAUGAGAUUGAUGACGUGGAGCGGCUCCAGCGACGACGCACAGGAGACAACAAUGAGGUAAUUUGCUUCAACGCCAAACUGAAAAUCUUGGAGCAUCGACAGCAGCGAAUUGCAGAGGUCAAGGCCAAGUAUGAGUGGUUAAUGAGAGAGCUGGAAGUGACCAAACAGUACCUGAUGCUGGAUCCUAAUAAAUGGCUCAGUGAAUUUGACCUGGAGCAAGUAUUUGACUUGGAUUCACUGGAGUACUUGGAGGCUCUGGAGUGUGUGACUGAACGCCUGGAGAACCGUGUCAACUACUGCAAGGCCCACCUCAUGAUGAUCACCUGCUUUGACAUCACUUCCAGGCGUCGAUGAAGAUUUCACACAAGAAUGUUUUGGACUACUGUCUCCCCUUUUCUCCCUUUUGAACAGCGCCCCAAAGACACAGAAUGAGGAUGAAGGUCGGUGUCAUGUUUUGACUGUAUGUGUGUGUGUUAAGAAGAGAUUCCCCUCACCUUUCUGUUUAUGAUGAAGAGCAGAUCGUAAAUUGAAUAGAUGAUGAUGAAAAGCAAAGACACGGAGGUAUAAGGAUGUGGAUUCUUCUAGCCCUGAAAGAGCACUUUGAGAAAUCUUUAAGGACGUAUUUGUAAAUAGGAACUGCUGGCAGAAGUGACUGUUUUCCCCAACAAUACCUGAAGCAAGAGGAAGAGCAGAUGUAGGAUCGCCGCUGCUGAAAGCACCAUUAAAGUGAAAAUACACAGAGAAACUGUCUUAAGUGCCUUGCAAAUCUUUAUUAUCCAAACAUUUAUGUCCAUAUUUUUUGUGUACAGAUGGUGCUAGUCAAGAAAAAGAAAAAAAAAGACAAAAAAUCAAAACACUUUUUUGGAAAUGUAUUUGCAGCCUGGUUUUUAUUUUCCUCUUGGUGUUUUAUCCUUUUUCUGACUUGUUGUUUCUAUGUAACUUGUGUUUGUAAAGAUGUUUCUAAACUGAUACAACAUAUAAAUAAAUGUUAACUGUCUUUCAUUGAUACACAUCAGAAUAAGGCCACUCAAAGGGGGGGGGGUGAUGAUUAAAUCUGUUACAUCAAGCUCACAAUGUUUGAGAAGGGAGAUCCCUAGGCUCUAGUUGAAAAAGGAGAUUUUUCUGGCAACAUGGCAAAGGCCUGAGUACAUUUGAUAGUCCCAGCAAGAGUCAAUCCAUUGAAUCAUUCAACACUUGAAUUGUUUUUGGUGGAGCCCCCAGUGUUGCAAUGAGUAAAACCCUUCUGCUGGUAGGACUGCUGGCCAAAAGGUCGGUGGUUCAAAUGCGAGUUGGGUGAGCUCUCAUCUGUCAGUUCCAGCUUCCCAUGAGGGAACAUGAGAGAAGCCUCCCACAGGAUUGUAAAACAUCUGGGCAUCCCCUGGACAAUGUCCUUGUAGAUGGCCAAUUCUCUCACACCAGUAAUGACUUGCAGUUUCUCAUGUUGCUCCUGGCACAAAAAAUUAAAAUACAAAAGAAUGUAUUUCAUAAUUUGUUGUCUUGGCUUUAAAAUAAAAAUAAAAGAAAAUAAAGGGGGAUGAUGUUGUCUGCUUGUGGAGGAGAGAAGCAGGAGCAGAACCCAUCACCCCCUGCCUUUAGGCAGUGCAUAGUGCCAUUCUUAGCUUGAACAGCUUAAGAGUUCAUCCACUUCAUUUCUCCAUAAUAUGUUCCAUGUGUUUAUUGAAAUGACAUCUCUGAUUUGUGUAUUAUCAUAUAAAAAUGCCUUCUGCCACAGGGAAAAGCAAUAGUUGAUUCAAUAGCUAUACUUGAUUUGGGAUUACCAAUAGGAGUCAAGCCAAAAUGUUACUUGGUAUUAGUCUUAUUGUGGAGAAAUAAAGUCAAUAUGGGAAUGGGAUGGGAAUUUGACAUGGAACCAGAGUUAUUUAUAACACUUCUAUUUACAGAUUCCCUUGUGACAUAUUGCAACUCCCCUUAGCUCCCAGUACUCUGACUAGUCUCGAGUUGGGAGUGUUCAAUUAUCAGAUCUGUUCCAUCAUGAAGAUAUGCAGUCACAAACAUAAAAUAAUUCCAGACUACCUUUUCACCUUUCCAAUGAUGCCAUACUUUUCAUAGUACAAAGAACCAUUGAAUAGCGGGAUGCUAUAGGUGGUCAGUUUUGUGUAUGAGAGAGAGGGAACAAUUUUGAAAAUGUUACUCUAAGCCUUAAUAUGGACUCUCUAAUACUGCACAGAAAGUGUUUCUGCACACACACAAAAUGCACAUGCAUUCCAAGAACAUGUCAUAUUCUUCCCAUCAGAUGUUCAUAUUCAGGUGGUGUCCUGCUGGUAAAUUUUGAUUGGUGUUCCAAAGAAUGAAAUUCUCUACCAACUACAUAAGUACCCCACAAAUCACCACUUUUUCUCAGCUGUGGGCACCUCCCAAAUUUUGUAUUUCCUAUUCAAGUGGAAAAUGAGAGAAGAGCAUACAAUUGUCCAAGUUUUGUCCUAAAGCAAUGAUUAUGGAGGAUUAUGGCUGGCGUCAUGUUACUCAGCCCCAACUAGAGUAAGCCAAUUCAAACAGUUUUAGAAUGGUAAGUUAAAUCUCAUUGACACAAUGAAUUUGCUGCAGUUAGGACUAAACCAAGUUAGAAUUUAGUUACAAGACACAAGGACAUGAACUAAAUCUCUCUAAUCCAGGAUCUUGACCUCAUUUCGUCGAUACCUAUCCAAAAUGCCCACCUCUCUGCAAACAACCAUGCAGAAUGGGCACAUCUCAUAAAAGUUAGAAAGAUGAAAGAGACAAGACAAUAAGUAGGAUAAUCAUGAACACACUGUGUCAUUUGAACAAUUUGCAGAAUCUAUUACAGUGCUCUGUUUACAUAGAAGCAGAUUUCCAUGGACAAUGUAAACAAGAACUUGGUUCUAAACUUGUAGUUUCUCUAUUUAUCCAAAAGCUAGAUGCACAAAGAAAGUUCUUUAUAACAAAGCAAACAAACCUUUCUUCUCAGUCUUUCAGUUCAAGGGAUCAGCAUGAUUCUGUUGUAUUUAAAAGGUUUCCAUGUAGGUAAUGUGCUCACCCUGCCUCUGUUAGUACUGAGAGGUAAUAAUGAACCAUCUCAUCAAGACAUCACAACAAUAGAUUCAGACACUUACUACUGUUUCAGGUACACAAAACAGCAACAUGAUCAUCAGUAAUGUUUGCUUCUAAGUAAAUUAAUACCUCUGUAAUGUGAACAGUGUAGAUGUGCUCCUGUUUCAUAGCUUUUAACUGUAGAGAGAAGAGAUGAAAGACUGGAAUCAUAUUGUUAGACAUAACUAGAGUUGAUCUAUUGAACCAAUGGAAUUUAUCUACAUUCAACAUAAUGCAGCAAAAUCCACUAAAGAGUAAUUUGUUUUUGGAUGAGAAAAGUAUACAGUGAGCAUAUACUUAAUCCUAUUUCCAAUCUAGACAUGGAUUUAAAAUACCUCCUCUGUUCGGAAGCCAUCAUACAGCUGAUGGGUAGACAAUGGAUACAUAUAUUCUGUCUGUGUGUUCACAGAUAUUACUGUACCAUUGUAUUAUUUUUGACUAACAGCAUAUUUAGCCUCUUUUAUCUCUUUUCAGAUCUAGUUUUCUGACCUUGCUUUCUUUUAGACAGCCUUUGUUUUCCUUUAAAUUUCUAGAAAAAAUACAUAUUGGGAGAUAAUUUCCUUGACCCAAGCCUGCUGGUACUCCACACAAUAUUUUAUAAGACUACCCUGUGCUUUUUGGAGCUUAGUAAGGCAUCCCCUAAAGACGAAACUAUGCAUAUGCCUAUUUAUGCUCCCUGCAAUAAAUGUGCCUUCUGUUCCCCAGUGGAAUUCCCUCAGAAUUGUGUCCAUGUUUACCUUCAGAGACUAAUCAAAAAGCAAUGCAUGCUAAAUGACAAAUAUGCAAGUGAAGACAACCACAUGCUUGAACAUACAGAUUUCUUAAAGUACAAUUUCUUCUAAAAGUGUGCUAAUCAUGAAUUUCAUACGUAGCUUAAUUGACAAAAACUUUACUAGACUAGAAUUAGGAAGCUGCGAUAUACAGGUUAUUUACUGAAUUGGAAACAGUAUGCAUAGAUUGAAUGGACAUGGAAGCAUGCAUUCUAGAACAAAAGUUCACAAUAGGAGGUGGGAAAUUGAUGCCAUUUCUUCAGCAAGUAAUGACAGCAUUUGGGGUUUCCAGCUCAAAAAGAGACCAUUGCUCUGGGGGAAAGGAGUUUUCUUCAAACCAAUUUUCUCGCUGUGUUGCUUCUUUUGUGACCUGUUUGCCCUAGAAAGUAAACGGCAACUCCUAAAUGGUAUUUGAUGGAGAGAGACUGUGGGAAAUACUGUUCCAUAUAUUCCCAUUUCAUAUGCCUUAUUGCAUAGUGACACACUGUUUCUGGGCGAGUCUCAUGUCAGCCAAUCCUUCAAUUUUCCUUAUAUGUUUUUCCAAACGUUGGCACCAGAAAGCAAUUUUGAUUCUUAACAGUCUGCAACAUUCAGUUUACUGAGUUAAAAACAAAAAGGCACCAGGAACAAAAGAGAAAGCACAGCCAAAAAAAUCUAGGUGAUAUUUCGUCUACUUGAGUUAGUGCAGUUACUGACAAGCGACAAAGCAGAACUUAUGAACCUUGCAACGAAGCAGUAUCAAUAAAACCUUUACAGCCCCACUUCCCAGAAGGCUGACCAUUUAUGUAUGCCACAUUUUAUGGAAGCUGUAUUUUAAAAUGAGUAUUGUAUUAAUGCCUAUACUUACUCUUCACCCUAUAAAGCCAAGUUGUGGCAUCUGCCUCACAUAAAGCUUUGAAAUAAAUGUAACAUUUGUCAAGUCAAUUAAAAAAUACACACGAGUGUCACUAAUUUAAUGUCUGAUUUACUGAAGAUUUCCAGUAUUAGCUAUAUUAACCAUGUAAUAUAAGCAGAGACAGUGUGAAGAAAAUGAAGAAUGCAUCCAUGGUCUCUGUCUCCACGCCUAACACCUUCCCUCAGAUAAAAUGUUAUUAAUAUUUCUAUGGUUGGCUCUAAUUAGCUGAGAAAUGCAAGAAAGUUGAUCUAGAUGGCUACUUUUUAAAAUCUUGGUCAUGGUGGAGAAAAGGACAACAUAUAUUUAGCAUAACCAUGGUGUAUGAACAGUGGACCCUUGAAAUCCACAAGAUGUUCAUUCCAGUACCUAAAUCUGUUGUUGAUGAUGAUAAUGAUGAUACUUUAUUUAUAUUUCUCCCUGUGGGGACCCAGAGCACAUUACUGUGUAAACAGAUACCGUCAAACAUUUAAUGCCUUGUUACAAUACAAUAAGACACACAAACAAAGGCAGAGGCUUCUCCUUUCAUUUCUGGCUUUGGAGGUGGUGCUCAUCUCUGGCUCUAAGGGAGGUGCUGUUCUCCAUUUGCAAGCUGAGGAGCCUGCAUUGUCACCUCCUGGUCAUGUGUCUGGCAUGAUUGCUUGGAGCGUCUUAUGCCUUUCCCACCAAAGUGGUACCUAUUUAUCUACUAACUUCUGCAUUUUUAAAAAAUUGCUAGAUUGGCAGAAGCUGGGCUAACAGUGGGAGCUCAGCCUUUCCUGCGUAUUCGAACUGCUGACCAGCAGUUCAGCAACACAAGGGUUUAACCCAUUGUGCCACCAUGGCCCACUGCUCAAAUCCCAGUACAGUAUACGGUUUAAUAAAAUGGCGUUCCUUAUAUAAAGAUGGCAACAUCAAAGUUUUUUUAAUUUUGUUUUGAAGGGUAGAUAUUUUUAUGUGAUGGAUGGUAGAACCCAGAAGUGCAGAAUAUGUGGAUAUGAAGAGCCAAUUGUAUUGCAUACAUGUGAUGUUAAAAAACACCAAUUAAAUUAAUAAGCAGUAUUCCCAGUUCAUAACCAUAUUUUUCUAAACUAUUUUGAGAUGAACAUUUCAUUAGAGUAUGUGCUUUAAAGCCAACUAAGCAUAUGUCCCCUGCAUCACAAAGGGUAUCUCUUGUCAGACUGUACAAACUGGGCCAUAAUAUUGUGUGGGUUGAUUGGAACUUAUCUACAUGCUUUCUUAGAAUGUCUUUUGCUAUCCCCAGCAAUGAGCUUUAAAUACUCAGUUUCGGCCUACUGGUCAUGUUGCAGGAAAAUCUUCUGAUAAUUCUCUCAAUCUCUCUAUCUCAUUCAAUUUAUUUCAGCAACAACAACAAAGCUUAGUAAUACUAAUCCAACUGCCUUUGCAACUCACCCAAAGGGAAAUGAACGUAUGCAUUUUAUAAAACUUUGAGUGGUCAUAACAAUGGGGCAUACUUUAAAACAAAACAUAAAACAUUAGUAAUGAAAAUGGUGCUUAAAGCAGUUUCAGCUAAAUCUGUAUUACAUAUAUUCUCUAUAUGGAUUUACCCACCUUAUAUAUUGUAUAAUAUGUGUGUGAACGGAUAUCUGAAUAAAACACACCUUUGCCUAGAGAUUUUAUGUAUACAUAGAUACUACUUUUUCUAAAUUUCCCCUCAUUCCCCCAGAUGAAACUGCUAUCAGACAUCCAUCAUACAUCUGACAUAUGAAGGAUAUAAUUUAUUUGUAAACUCAGGAUGUUCUUGCUUUAUCAAAUUGCUUGUACUUUGUAAUUUAUUUACCCAUCUUAAUUGGAAAUGCUUAUCUAAGUGCUAUGCAUUGAAGUGUACAUUUGCUGAAUCCAUUUCAUUCUGUCUAUGCAUAUGUCCUUUUUCAUAUGAACAGUGGUAUAAUAAAGUCAUGUAAGGCUGGAAAGUGCCCCUUGCCGUUGGGCCAAAGGCAUCGACUGCUUCGGUCAUAAGAAGUUUUGCCAGAAGACAGACCUGCAAACUUAUAUUGUGCUAUCUCAGCUAAGCAUUUUUGGAACAGACAGGAAAAAUAUCAACGCUGGGACAGGAAUGGAAAAAGAAUCAGAAAAACACAGAAACCUGCAAGUUUAUUGAAUGAUUACGUCAGACCUUUUGCCAUUAAAAUGUAAAGUUUACUGUUUCCUGGCUAAAAAAAUCUCUCACCUUUUGUGGUAUAUGAGGUGUGAAACAUAUUGUCGAAAUAUGAUGUUUAAAAGAUAUCAAAUAUAGUGGCAUUAAAUGUUUACUUUUAUCUUAU